CCCGACGGCACCGUCUUGCUCUGCACGGCUGCCCCGGUGACUGAAAGCAACCGCCUGCCCAGUGCGGCUGGCAGCGCUUCCAGCCCCGGCCCUGUCCCGAUCUUCCGGCCCGUCCCGGUCCCCCCUUCCUGGGCGGGUGGUUCCAUCCGGGCGAGGCCAGACUGUCAGGGGCAAGUGCCAGCCGAAGAUGGCGUUUCCCGGGCAGCCGGCACCCGGCGGCGGUUUCUACCAGGGCGGGUAUGGAGGAGCUCCAGGAGGACCAGCAUUCCCUGAACAAGCUCAGGAUCCUUUGUAUGGUUAUUUUGCUGCAGUAGCAGGGCAGGAUGGACAAAUAGAUGCUGAUGAGCUACAGAGAUGUCUCACCCAAUCAGGGAUUGCAGGAGCCUAUAAACCUUUCAAUUUAGAGACUUGCAGACUCAUGAUCUCGAUGCUGGAUAGGGAUAUGUCUGGCACACUGGGAUUUAAUGAGUUUAAAGAACUUUGGGCUGUGAUCAGUGGCUGGAAGCAACACUUUGUAAGUUUUGACAACGAUAGAAGUGGUACAGUGGAUCGCCAAGAAUUGGAGAAAGCCUUGAUGACCAUGGGAUUCAGACUGAGCCCACAGGCAGUGACCGCGAUCACAAGGCGAUACAGCACUCAUGGCAAGAUUACAUUUGAUGAUUACGUUGCCUGCUGUGUGAAACUCAGAGCUCUCACUGAAUGCUUUAGAAGAAGGGAUGUAUCUCAGCAGGGCUUUGUGAACUUCCAGUAUGAUGAUUUCAUACAGUGUGUUAUGAGCAUCUAAAUCAAAAGGAAGCAAGCCAUGGAUGAUCGUGAUUAACAUUCCAGUUUGUGUUUUGCUUUGCCAAAUCUUCCAAUGAUUGUGUAUCUCAGUAAUGGAAAUUACAUAUUUUUAUGCAGGUAUCACUUUGGUUGGUUUUUUUUCAGUUUUUACAGUGAAUAUGUAAUAUUCAUGUAAUACUGUCUGUAACUUCUAACUGUAACUAUUAAAGAUGUUUUUAUUCUCAUAAA